AUUUCUGAAUUGUUUCCUUCUGCUCUACAUGUAUUGCUGCUUCUGUUAUAUCUUCUGAGUUCAUACACAGUGUGGCAACCGAAUGAAGAAUCUCGAUCUUUCACUCAGGAAUGGGAGUCGCAAAAUCGUAGGAUGCCGGUGGUGAUGAAGAUGACUUGCAUGCAUCAAAAUUAAUUUGCAUAUAAUAAAAUUGCUCAGCCAUGUCACCUGAUUCUAGGACAAAACUGAUCACUAGCUUGACCACAAGUGUGCUUCCGUUCAUGAUAGUGAUGAUCGUAUAUGUCAUCUAUUGCAAAAUAUGUAUUUACCAAAGGCGCAAACCAGCAAAAGUGACAGAACUGGGAAGUGGGAAGAACUCAGACUCAGAGUUUCUGACAUAUAGAAUGGAUAAGUUUCUAAAUGAUAUAGAAUCAGAAAAGCCAAUCAGAUUCACAUCACAUCAACUAAUGCGUGCAACAAACAACUACUCCACCAUGUUGGGAUCAGGAGGUUUUGGAUCAGUUUAUAAAGGAACAUUUAGUGAUGGAACUGUUGUCGCAGUGAAAGUUCUACGUAGUGGCAUUUCUGACCAGAGAAUAGAGGAUCAGUUCAUGGCUGAAGUUGGCACAAUCGGAAAAGUUCAUCAUUUCAAUCUGGUUCGCCUCAUUGGAUUCUGCAUUGAAAAGGAUAUGACAGCUUUAGUUUAUGAGUACAUGAGCAAUGGUUCUCUUGACAAAUAUCUGUUUAAUGAAGAAAAGGCCUUAGGAUUUGAGAAGCUUCAUGAGAUUGCAGUUGGAACAGCCAAGGCGAUUUCUUACUUGCAUGAAGAAUGCCAAGAAAGGAUCAUCCACUAUGAUAUAAAACCAGAAAAUAUCCUUUUAGACGAUAAUUUGUGUCCUAAAGUUGCUGAUUUUGGUUUAGCCAAGCUUUGUAACAGGGAAAAGUCUUAUGUCACAAUGACAGGUCUGAGAGGGACGCCAGGAUAUGCUGCACCAGAACUUUGGAUGCCUUUUCACGUAACUCACAAGUGCGAUGUUUUUAGCUUUGGAAUGUUGUUAUUUGAGAUCAUGGGAAGAAGAAGAAACUUUGAUGUGAACCUCACAGAAACUCAGGAAUGGUUUCCAAGAUGUGUUUGGAAAAAGUUUGAGAGCGAAAAUCUGCAAGAGUUGAUAAGCGAUUGUGGUAUUACAGGUAAAAAUGGGGAUGUAGCAGAAAGAAUGGCGAGGAUAGCAUUUUGGUGUGUUCAGUACAGACCAGAAUUGAGACCCACAAUGAGUGUUGUGGUGAAAAUGUUGGAAGGGUCCAUGGAUAUCCCAAAACCUACGAACCCAUUUCAACACUUGAUGGAAGAAGACCUUCCAAUAAUCAAAGAAGCACAAAAGGAUGAUGUUAGCAUUGAUGUUAUCUCAUCUCUCGAGGUAACAAAAUCUUCCAUUGUAUCAUCUCUUGAGAGAUCGAUAUAGAUUUCCAUCCAAAAUCAUAAAGUUGAACUCCUGUUGAUAUAUGGCUAGUGAUCUCAUUCUGUUAGACGUAAGCCCACAUUAAGACUAGCA